AUGUCCUCUUCUUGGUGGGCCUCAACCUCAUGUGCUGAGAAGCGGGGUGGGGGCACAUGUCUGAAGAGCCUCUGUGUUUACUGUCCUACUCUCUCUGGGGGGGAGGAGGAGCGGGCGAUGGACAACAUUCUUUUUUUUUAUCCUUUACACCUUCACGAAAAUGCACAGAUGAACCAUGUUGGCUUUUGUAUUGGCGCAACAUGUCUGGUAGAGCGAUUUGGAGCAACGGGACUUCUUGACAGGAUUCAAACCAGUCACGGAACUACUGUGCUUUGCUGUCCUUUUCCUAAUUUAUGGAUUGCUGUUGAGACAAUGCCGGCCUAUGACAGCUCUGCUCUGCUGCCCGUGGUUCGGCGCGGCUUUGAGGUUUUUGUGCUGCGGUAUGGUUGGUCAACUGUUGCCGCACUAGUCUCCCCCGUUGGUGGGUCAGUUGAUGUUGCUGAGCCACGUAGGGUGCUGAAACGUUUUUUUGAGAAGUUUGCUGUCUUUCUGGAAACCAGUGUUUUACUAACUGACGUGUGUGACGCCGUCCGGAUGGCGAGAAACGCGAGGCCUUCAUCCGCCGCGUCAGUUGCAGCAUCAGGGGCGGCCGUGGGACAAGAACGAUCUCACAUGCAACGGUGGAAGCAUUGGUGGGCCGUGUUAUCGGUGACGGAGAGUCUGCUGGCUUUCCCCGUUUUUAUGCGUCCAGCAUCCAUUGCAGCACAGUCUAUGUGUCAUAGUUUAGUGUAUCGUUAUCUGUCAUUUCUCUUGCCUAAAGGAGUUUCUGGCCCAUGCGCAGGCUGUAGUAGAAACAAUAACGGUAAUAGCUAUAACAGGAACCAUUUCGAUGGGUGUUUUAGUGAUCAAGCAUCGUGCACGGUUGGCUGGGGAGAAGAGUACAAGGGCGUGGCUUUCACCAGCAGCGCUGCGACACUAACGCAAGAUACUACAGAACGUCUUCUUUGGACCUGUUGUCAGUACGUCAUAUUUGUGGGUGAGACGUUGAAAGUAAUCGCUUCCAAUGCAACACCUGCCGUUGUGUCGAAGCUUAUCUGCUUGCUGUUGGUGGACCCGGAUGUGACAGAUUUUGCAGCCUUUUUGGAAAGUGGUCGCUCGCACUGUUAUAUAUGUCAUUCGUCAGGCAUCAUUGUUGCCAUUUUUGUUAACACCAGCCUUUACCGUUCGAUGCAUCAGAUCAUUUUGGAGAUAUGCAAGCCACUUGCGGCGGAUAUCGCGGAAUUCUUGACGACUGAAAGGUGUCCCUUGUCCCGUGAGGGCCUUGUACGCCCACAUGAGGUGCACCAGAUGGCAAUGAGCUUGCUAAACCCUUCUCAUAGUAGCGGCGCUGGUUUUUUUGCUCCAGUAUCACACUUACCAAGGCUGCGUGAAAUGAAUUUGACGUUGCAGUGGACCGUUUGGCACAAUGAAAUGAUUGUCGGAACCUCAAUGCGUGAGUAUCCCCGUGCUCUGCAGGUACUGCUCUCAAGCAUGCUACGGAGGCUUACGUCAGGCGUAUCCACCAAACUGGAGGGGGUGAAUGGAAGCUGCGACGUUGCUUGUGCCAAUUCUCAUCAUGGGAGAUUCAGCAGGGCGUUAGAGGGUGGCAAUGUUUUUUCCUCAGACAUGCUUUUACCUUCUGCAGUGACGGAGGUGUGGAUGCCGCUGCCCGGUUCAACCUGGAUGUGCGUUUCGCGACGGCAUCAUCACGUGGGUGGGGUGGUGUUUUACAACUCAGCUCCAUUGAAGAGAUGUUGCGAGGCUGCAUCCGAGUUGUUUGAGUACAUGCCUUUUUUGCUCUGA